CGAGAUUUCUGACCACUACCAUUUCUUGGCUGUAGCAACUAGCAAAGACAGCUCCCCCUCUCUUGCUCUAAGGCGGCAUCCGGAUCCCUUCAGCACGUCAAAUCUCGCCCAGAUCGCCUUCCUCGAUUAGGAAAUGGCCGACGAAGAUAUCCAGCCUCUUGUUUGUGACAAUGGGACUGGAAUGGUCAAGGCUGGAUUUGCUGGUGAUGAUGCACCUAGAGCAGUCUUCCCAAGUAUUGUAGGCCGACCUCGCCACACAGGUGUUAUGGUUGGCAUGGGCCAAAAGGAUGCUUAUGUUGGUGAUGAAGCACAGUCUAAGAGAGGUAUUCUUACAUUGAAGUAUCCUAUUGAGCAUGGAAUUGUCAGCAAUUGGGACGAUAUGGAGAAGAUCUGGCACCAUACAUUCUAUAAUGAGCUUCGUGUUGCUCCUGAGGAGCAUCCUAUAUUGCUAACGGAAGCCCCUCUUAAUCCAAAGGCAAACAGAGAAAAGAUGACUCAGAUUAUGUUUGAAACUUUUAACGUACCUGCUAUGUAUGUUGCUAUUCAGGCCGUUCUUUCACUCUAUGCCAGUGGUCGUACAACUGGUAUUGUGCUCGAUUCUGGUGAUGGUGUGAGCCACACUGUGCCCAUCUAUGAAGGAUAUGCUCUACCUCAUGCUAUUCUUCGAUUGGAUCUUGCCGGUCGUGAUCUCACAGAUUGCCUGAUGAAGAUCCUUACCGAGAGAGGUUAUUCAUUCACCACCACUGCUGAGCGAGAAAUUGUAAGGGACAUCAAGGAGAAGCUUGCCUAUAUUGCUCUUGACUACGAGCAGGAGCUGGAGACUGCCAAGACCAGCUCCUCUGUUGAGAAAAGCUAUGAACUUCCUGAUGGGCAGGUUAUCACCAUCGGUGCUGAGAGAUUCAGAUGCCCAGAGGUCCUCUUCCAGCCAGCCUUAAUCGGCAUGGAAGCUGCUGGUAUUCAUGAGACAACGUACAACUCCAUCAUGAAGUGUGAUGUGGAUAUCAGGAAAGAUCUGUAUGGAAAUAUUGUGCUCAGUGGUGGAUCUACUAUGUUUCCUGGUAUUGCUGAUCGUAUGAGUAAGGAGAUCACUUCACUCGCACCAAGCAGCAUGAAGAUUAAGGUGGUUGCUCCGCCUGAGAGAAAAUACAGUGUUUGGAUCGGUGGUUCCAUCCUUGCAUCCCUCAGCACUUUCCAACAGAUGUGGAUUACUAAGGGAGAGUACGAAGAAUCUGGUCCAGCUAUUGUCCACCGGAAGUGCUUCUAAGCUCCAUUACCUGCAUCUUUGCGGAGUUUGUGUCAUGGACUAUCUAGUACUUGGUUUUCUUGGAAUUUUGAUGCUUGGUUUGGGGGCCUACCCCGAUAUUUACAUGUGUCCUUGUGAGAUUUUUAGCACUCAAACAAGUUUGUUAUCUGGUUUCGAUAUAGUUGCCUUUAUCAGGUUUGAAGAUGGUUUAUCA